AUGACACGUGGAAGAUAUCACCAUCUUGAACCGCCAUCGAAAUUGGCUACAGAAAGUCAUCUUCGCUUCUUUGGUCAUAUAUUAAGGAGACCGGCAGAUCGCCUUGUCCAACGAGUUCUGAGGAGUUUGUCGGGUUUGAGCUGGAAGAAGCCACCUGACAGACAACGGAAGUUCUGCACUGAGGUGGUGAAAGAGGACCUGAGAGCACUCGGUGUGGAAGAGCAGCUUCGGGCCAUCGUCUUCUAUGAAUGGCGGUUCGGCAGUGGAACAACAACAGCGGAAUCGCGCAACAUUAACAGUGCAUUGGAGGAGCGUACCAAUGCAACCCCACAAAUCACCACUGCUUCACUCGUCCUGAAGAAGGAGACACAGAUUUCAAUGAUAAAUCAUCACUCAAGACAUCCUACUCCUAGGAUCCUAGGGCAAUGCUGUAUUGAGUUGCUCGCCAAAUAUACAGGGUUACCACUGUCACUUACCCCAAUCAGUUUCGGAGUCUCGCAGAAGCUGUUCGAGAAAGAUGGCCGAAACGAUCUUUGA